CGAAGACUAAGAACAAGCGAGUUCAAGUUCUCACGUCUCAGAAUCGCCACGAGGUUGCCAGGACAAUAACCUUGAUACAAUAUCUCUGAGAAUGGCGGAGAAUGAUGUUCCUGUCCCGGAAGCAAACCGCGCCCAUGAUCUGGGCAAUGGGAAGAAACAUAUUCUUCUCAACGCUUUCGACAUGUCAACUAUAGGCCACCUAUCUCCCGGUCAAUGGAAGAACCCAGUGGACAAGUCGGCCACAAAGCGAGACUUGGAAUACUGGAUCGAACUCGCCAAGCUACUUGAGCGCGGUGGUAUUAAUGCCUUGUUUCUGGCGGACACCUACGGGGGCUACGACACAUACGAAGGAAGCCUAGACAAUUGCAUCCGGAGAGCAGCCCAAUGGCCAGUUACGGAUCCGACCAUUCCCAUCUCCGCUAUGGCAGCUGUGACGAAGAAUCUCGCCUUUGGGAUAACUGCUUCCACCUCAUUCGAGCCCCCUUUUCUUCUGGCCAAACGGUUCUCUACCUUGGAUCACUUCACCAAAGGAAGAAUCGGGUGGAACAUUGUGACAUCCUGGAAGAAGGCAGCCUUCAAGGCCAUUGGCCUGGACAACCCAAUCGAGCACGACGAACGCUACCGCCAAGCAGAUGAGUAUCUCCGAGUCCUGUACAAGCUAUGGGAAGGUUCCUGGGCCGACGACGCCAUCGCGCCGGAUCCAGAGAACGACAGCUACGCCGACCCCUCCAAGAUCCGCACCAUCAACCACAAGGGCAAGUACUUCGAGCUCAGCACGCGGCACAUCGUCGACCCGACGCCGCAGCGGACCCCCUUCCUCUUCCAGGCCGGCACCUCGUCCGCGGGCUCCGCCUUCGCCGCCGCGCACGCCGAGGCCGUCUUCGUGUCGUCCCACUCGGCCGCCCUGCUGCGGCCCAAGGUGGCGCACAUCCGCGCGCUCGCCGCCCAGCUGGGGCGCGACCCGCGCUCGGUCAAGUUCUUCGCGACGUUCACGCCGGUCGUGGGGCGGACGGACGAGGAGGCGCGCGAGAGGCACGCCGAGCUGCGGCGGUACGCGUCGACGGUGGGCGGGCUGGUGCUGUUCAGCGGGUGGACGGGGGUCGACGUGUCGCGGAUCCCGAUCGAUCGGAAGAUCUCGGCGGAGGACUCGCUGGAGGCGCACAAGGUGCGGAGUAUACUGGACGCGUUCACGACCACGAGUAAGGACGUGCCUGAGUGGACGCCGCGGGUCGUCGCUGAGAGGGCAGCUAUUGGUGGGCUGGGUCCCGUGUCGGUUGGGAGUCCGCAGACGGUGGCUGAUGAGAUGGAGGAGUGGAUUAGGGAGGGGGAUUUGGACGGGUUCAACAUUGCCUAUGUCACGACACCGGGGACGUUUGAGGAGGUUGUAGAUCUACUGAUUCCCGAGUUGCGGAGACGGGGACUGUAUCCAGAGCCGUUGGAGGAAAAGUUGACGGCGCGGGAAAAGAUAUAUGGGAAGGGGCAGAAGGGGUUGAGGGAUGAUCAUCCCGGAAGUGCGUACAAGUAUGCGGUGUAUAAGGAAGACCCGCCGUAUGUUGAAGGGGAGCCGAAGACGGAGGAGCGGGAGACGGAUACGCCGAGGACAGCAGACACGAAGAGUGGGGUUUGA